CCACCGAUCUUUGUUUAAUCAGGGGUGAAGCUGCCCUUUGUGGUUGGCUAUUGAACGAGACAACUGAUCCAGAAUUGGCUCGUUGCUACGGUGACGUCACCGCCGGGGAAGAACGAUGAGCCGAAACAAGGGCGGAAGACAGUAAGAGGAAAAUGGUGAAACAUGAGCAGGAGUCAACCAACCGGCCUGACAACACGGCCUUUACUCAGCAGAGGCUUCCAGCAUGGCAGCCCAUGCUCUCCGCUGGCAUCGUCAUCCCAGGGUUUUUAAUCAUCGGAGCAGCUUUUAUUGGAAUCGGUGUCGCUCUCUUUGUCACUUCACAGAGCAUCCAAGUGCUGGAGAUCGACUACACCGGGGAUGAUAAAACAGCACCUUGUUAUAAGUGUAUUGCCCCAAAUCAAAAAAACUGUCAAUGCCAAAUAAGCUUCUCCCUUAACAGUACCUUUAAGGGGCCUGUCUUCUUUUAUUAUGCUUUGUCCAACUUCUUCCAGAACCACAGAAGGUAUGGUGUUUCCAAGGAUGAUAACCAGCUGUUUGGAGACACAUCAUACUUCACAAGUCCUAGUUCCAGCUGUAGUCCAUACCAGUACGACUCCAGCAACAAACCCAUUGUUCCAUGUGGAUCAGUAGCCAACAGCAUGUUCAGCGACACCUUUCAGCUAUAUCAGGUUGUCAAUGGAACAAACAAGCUGGUACCUUGGGAUGGACAAGGAAUUGCUUGGUGGACAGACUACAGCAUCAAAUACCGAAACCCCAGUGUCACGCCGCUGCAGAAUGCUUUCAAUAAUACGGUGAAACCUAUAAAUUGGACCAAACCUGCUUAUGAGUUGGACCCCACAGACAGUAGCAACAAUGGCUUCAUCAACCAAGAUUUCCUGGUGUGGAUGAGGAGGGCAGCCCUGCCAAAUUUCAGAAAGCUGUACCGACGAAUCACACAGGGGGAUUAUGCACAGGGUCUACCAGCUGGAAACUACCUGCUCAACAUUAACUACAGCUAUCCUGUUGUAGACUUUGGGGGCAGAAAGAAGGUGGUGCUCAGCAAUGUGUCCUGGAUGGGUGGCAAGAACGACUUCCUGGGCAUUGCCUAUCUUGUUAUAGGAUCACUGUGCGUCGUCAUGUCUGUAGUCAUGCUCAUUGUCUAUGCGAAAUUCAAGUUCCCUGAUGAGGAAUAGUCACUCGCUCAUGGACUGUAGUUUAACAGGAGUUUGAAUGCCCUUGUGUUUGAUUUGUUUUAUUCAAAUUGACAAUGAAAGAAUGAAAAGCAUGGCUCAAUUUGUGUAUCACUUUAUAAUUUCCUGGAUAUAAAGAUUGCCUCCUAGGGCAUUGGCAUUAUUUUGUGAUGUGGGAUUGGCCACUGAUUGCAAAAUAUUUAUUUUGUCACAGAUGUGUCAAAAAUACAUUUUGUCUGUUUGACACAUUUGAUACGUUAGGUUCUUGUUUGUCCGAGGCAUGAAACAUCUUUUAGCAUCAGUCUUAAUUUUAUACCAAGCUCUACUUUUCGUUCCAAGAGUGAAGAGAACAUGGAACUAAUGUGCACUGUGUUUAGGCUGCAAGUUGUCUGACAGGAGGAACAUGUUACGUUAUUACUGGGAAGUUUUUUAACUUCCACCAAAUGGUCACUACAAAUACUAAAGCCAUAACAAAUGUAUAAGCUGUUUGAUACUUGACAAGACAUUAGCUUUAUGUGAGGGACUGCAUGUAUAUCAUUCCUGGCAAACUUUAACUGUAAAAAGGAAUUAUUACUCUAUUAACUCAGGGAUUUGGUGCAGACUGUCCAGCUUGUAAUGUUGCAUUAUGCUUUUAACAAUUUUACCUUUAAUUUGUAACUGUCUACUUAAUGCUGAUAUUUAAUUAUUAAAACAACACCAAACCAU